AUGGGUAUGGAUCAUCCUGCAUUAACAUUAUCCGGUCUCUGUGCCGUUGGGGGGAUAAUGGGAUACACCAAAAAAGGCUCCUUCCCAUCCCUAGUUGCUGGUUUAACAUUUUCAGCCAUUUAUGGAACUGCGGGAUAUUUAUUAAGACAAAAUGCUGAUUAUGGAUUAGAAUUGGCCCUUGGAGCAAGUACUGUUUUGUUCGCUACCGGUUUGGCAAGAGCCAUACCUGUGAAUUUUAAGAAACCGGUUCCUAAUGUAUUGUUUGUUUUGGGUGGGGUUUCUGCUGGAUAUUAUUUGAAGAAGUAUAAUGAUUUUUAUAGUAUUUUUUAA